AUGUCUGCAUUAGCUAGCACUAGCAGCCACCCUUGGAGUGCCAGAAAGUCAUUUUUCGGCGUAUUUUACGUCGAGCUCCUAGUCGGAACCCCACCGGUCAAAUUGAACUUGGUGGUCGACACUGCGAGCAGUCCUAUGUGGGUCCAGUCUGCCCACUGCACGGACUGUUUUCCGGUAUCCUCCGUCCAGUUUGAUCCCAACAGGUCCAUGACUUUCCAAUUCAUGCCUUUCGACCACCCGAUCUGUGUCCCUAUCUGGCUCCAUCCCUCCGGGAACUUCUGCUCGUACGAAAGUGAGUAUGCCGCUAACCAGGUUACAAUCGGCACCUUCGGUCUGGACAUGUUGACGACCGUCACUACUUCAAGUACUGCUGAUCAACCAACUCAAAUUCAGGGCGUUGCUUUUGGAUGCGGUGUAAUCAACCGCAUUGAUCUUCCUGGCGACGCGGUUCACCCCAACGAGAUAUCCGGAAUAUUAGGACUAGGGAUAGACCAUCCCUCCAGUUUCUUGCUCCAACUGAGUUCGAUGACCCUUAAAAGAUUCUCUUACUGCAUCCCGUACAGGGUCGGAGCCGUGUCCUCAUUACGCUUCGGUGAAGACGCACAACUUACGGGCUCGGACAUUCAAACCACUCCGCUUCUGGAAUCCUCCUCUGACUUCUACUACAUAAACAUGACGGGGAUUAGUUUAAAUGGAUCCCGUCUCCCAACAGACCCCAGAAUGCUUAAGGCGUGGGGCAAUAGCGGGGUGGUCGUCGAUACUGGCACAGAAUAUUCUCUCUUUGCUUCCGAGGUGUACACACUGAUACACCAAGCAAUGAAAUCUUAUUUUACUGAGAACUACUCAAUGAAACCGCUAAACAAAACGCGGUCUGGUUUGGAGCUCUGCUACAGCAUGGUAGACGUGUUGAGGACAAAGAAGCGCAGAGGGUUAAAGUUUGUUGCUCCAGAAGUGAUCUUCCACCUGGAUAGAGCCGACCUCAAGCUCAACGAGGCCACUACUUUUAGAGCUGAUGAGGACUUGCAGGAGUUCUGCAUGAUGAUAAUAAGGUCGGCGGAGAUAUUUGGAGCAUCAAGCAUUUUGGGAGCAUUCCAACAGUACAAUAAUAGGUUUCUAAUUGAUGUUCCGGAAUCUAAAUUUUCGUUCACCGCAGAAAUGUGUUAG